AUGGGCCAUCAGGCGCCUAUGCGCCAUCAGGCGCGGGAAGGAACUUUGACUUUGAGUAGCCCCAUGCAGAGCAUUUUCAAUGUGAAGGACAAAGUUAAAGUCUACAACGGAGCUACUGGGCGCAGCUUCCAUUUCCCCUGUCCCACCGAUACCGGUUGCCCGUUAUCUACUGACCCCAAUGAUGGGGGUCAGGAACAGAUCGUCUUAGAUCUCGAGGUUGAUGGCGACUGGUCUAACUGGAGCCCAUGGUCUGACUGCAGCGUGACGUGUGGAAAUGGUACCAAGAGUCGGGACCGAAGCUGCACCGAUCCGGCACCAAAGAACGGCGGAGCGGAGUGUGAUGGAGAUCCUGAGCAGACAAAGGGAUGCAACUCGGAAGUUUCCUGUCCAGAACCUGGCAUGUCAGCUUCUGCCAACUGCAGCAAUGGCGACAUGGAGCUGGCAAUUCCCAUUAAUGAGCUGAAGAAAGUCAAACUGGACAACCUUCACUGGUCUGAUCACGACGAGGACAAUUGUCGUGCCAAAAAGAAAGGAACCAACUACAUUUUUCACACAGACCUCUACGACUGUGGAACUCAGGCAAAUUUUACCCAGAAGUACGUCACAUUCCAAAACAGCAUUAUUCUAGAUUCCCAACCGGAAAAUAAUGGUGUCAUCAGCAGGAAAGAGAGCAGCGUUAGGAUCACAUCCAUAUGCAAGUACAAGCGCCAGGAGUGGGUGGAAUCCACCUUCAAGCCUAUCCCGGGUGGACUGAACUUAACGGAGGAGGGGUUCGGGCAGCUGGAGGUCCGUCUCUCCAUGUUUCCCACAAAUCAGUACCACAGUCCAUACCGGGCUAGCCAGUACCCCAUCCACCUCAGGAUGCUGCAGCACAUCUACAUGCAGCUGGAGGUACAGGGGCACGGGCAUAGACUCUCCGUGUUGGCGCUGAACUGUAAGGCUACAAUGUCAUCUCGACCCGACGACACUCCGCAGUAUCAACUCAUCAGGGACGGCUGUCCUUCUGACAAAACCCUGCAAAUCUACAACAUAACCGACAACAGCAAGGAACGCUUUAGCUUUGAAGCUUUUCACUUCAUCAAUGAGUGGGAGGAGGUGUACGUGCACUGUGAGGUGUUGGUCUGUGACGGCACUGAUUCUGGGUCCCGCUGUGCACAGGUCUAG